CAUUCUUCAAAGGGUAGUUUUGUACUUUCUACUAUUAACCGUGUGGCUAUAUGAAGCCGUUUCCUCAUAACAACUACAAAAAGAAAAGCUUCUUCCCGCCGGCAAAUUCUUAAGUUUCUCCGGCGGUUAGAAAAAUGUCACCACAGAUCAAAACUCAUCUCUUGCCUAAGCAAGAACCUUCUUCGUCUGAGAAUCAUGGAUCAUCAACUUCCGGCAUCGUUUUCAACGUGUCGACGAGUAUAAUCGGAGCCGGGAUAAUGUCGAUGCCGGCGGCGUUUAAGGUUCUUGGAAUAGUCCCAGCGUUUUUGAUUAUCACGAUCAUAGCUUGGCUUUCCACCAUUUCUGUUGGAUUCUUGAUGAAAUCAACACUCGCCGGAGAAUCAACUACUUACGCCGGAGUCAUGAAAGAGUCGUUUGGGAAAACAGGAUCCGUCGCUGCACAGAUUGCUACGAUGGUUGCUACUUUUGGAUGUAUGAUUGUCUUUUCGAUUAUUAUAGGAGAUGUUUUUUCGGGUAAUGAAAAUGGAGGAUCGGAACAUCUUGGAGUCUUGCAAGAAUGGUUUGGUUCUUACUGGUGGAACACGAGAAUCUUUGCUUUGUUGUUCAUUUACGGCUUUGUCUUGCUUCCAUUGGUCUUGUGUAGACGAGUCGAAAGACUGGCAUUUAGUUCUGCGGUAUCGUUUCUUCUUGCGGUUCUAUUUGUUGUCAUAAGCUCGGUGCUGGCGAUUUCCGCGCUGGUGAAUGGACAAACGAAGAAUCCAAGACUGUUUCCGGAGUUGAAUAAUGGAGGAUCGUUUUGGAAACUUUUCACAGCUUCCCCUGUUAUAGUAACAGCCUUCACGUUUCAUUUCAAUGUUCAUCCAAUUGGAUUCGAGCUCAAAGAUCCAUUACAAGUGAUCCCAGCAACUAAGAUCUCUGUGAUCUUGUGCGCUGCGAUAUACUUUGCAACUGGACUCUUCGGGUACCUUCUCUUUGGAGAUGCAACUAUGUCAGAUAUUCUAGUGAACUUUGACCAGAGCUCUGGUUCUUCCAUUGGUUCUCUUCUCAAUGACAUUGUCAGACUCAGCUACGCGCUUCACCUCAUGCUGGUCUUUCCUCUCAUGAACUUCUCAUUGAGAGCAAAUCUCGACGAACUCUUGUUCCCCAAGAAGCCGUCUUUGGCUAAAGACUCAAAAAGAUUCAUCGGACUCACUCUGGCUCUACUGAUUUGCUGUUUCUUGUCUGCAAUCGCUGUACCAGACAUUUGGUACUUCUUUCAGUUCUUGGGAUCAACCACCACAGUUUCAAUAGCAUUUAUAUUCCCAGCCGCCAUUGUUCUAAGGAAUGUCCAUGGUGUAUCAACCUCAAGAGAGAAGAUCGUAGCUGCGAUAAUGCUUGUACUUGCUGUUGCCACUAGCAUUAUUGCUAUCUCAACAAAUUUAUACAGCCUCGCAGCAAACUAAUGGUUGAAAAAAGUUUUGCAAACAGUCCUCUCCAUGAUCACUUCAAACAAAUCUGUAAAAUUAUUAGCUUUCCGUAGCAUUCAUAUUUAUAUCUUUGUGAAAUAGGUUUGUCAGAAAAUGCAAUGUAAUAGCUAUAGGGAGUGCAAUAUUUGUUGCUACUUGAAACAGAGAAAGAAAAAAAUGAACCUCUU